AUGGAGGAAGGUGAUCUUGGAAAUGAGGAGAGAGUGGAGCAAAAUGACAUUAAGAAUGAAGAUAAAGUGGAGAAUGAAGAUGUUGGGAAUGAGAAGUUUGAUGUCAUUGGACCUUCUACUGACAUUUUUGCUCUUCUUGGUGAAGAUGUCACCCUACCUGCCUUACUCUCAACACCUUUCAAUGCUCAGGGGUUUGAGGUGACAUGGGCUCAAAAUGACUUGAACUCAGUGGUGCUUUUAUACCAGGACUUCCAAAUUAGAAAUGAGUAUCAGAUUCAGGCCUUUAAGAGGAGGACUUCACUUUUCCCAGAAGAACUCGUGAGUGGAAAUGUGUCUCUGAGACUUCAGGAUGUCCGUGUCUCUGAUGUUGUGGGCACUCAGCCUUCCAUUUCCAUCAGCACUACAGAAGACCAGAAGACCAGAUUGGAGUGCAGCUCUGAGAUGUGGAGCUCUCGACCUGAAGUCACCUGGAGAGACAUGAACGGCGUAGACGUGACCCCACAGUCCACCAUAACAGUACAACGGGAUGAUGAGGGUCUCCUCAGGGUCAGCAGUGUCAUCCCCAUCAAGUGGGAGUUCAACGUGUUCUCCUGUCUGAUGAGAAGUAACACAACCAGACCGGCCUAUCAGUCCAAAAUGGGGGUCUACGUUUUCUCUCCAAACGCCUCUGGCUGGUCGGUGGUCUUCUGGUUAUCAAUAGCUCUUUGUGUCACAGCAACUGUGCUGCUCAUAUUGAAAUGGCAAAGAAUGAGAGAUAAAAAAGCAACAUACAAGACCAAAG